ACCCCGCCCAGUUCGUACCCCGCCUCAGAUUCUCUACCUCGGGCGAAAACCGCUCUCCGGUCUGCGUGGAUAUUUACACCCGUGGUGUAGCCACAACAACGGGCUGUAGCGUAGCAGCUAGCCACAACCAUGGCCCUUCUGGAUCUUGCCAUGCAAGGGCUCUCCGUCUUUGGAUUCAUUCUAUUUAUCGUGCUGUGGUUUAUGCACUUCAUGUCCAUCAUCUAUGUCCAACUCUAUCUCAAUAAGAAGACCAGUGACAAGCAGCCCUACAGUAAGCUGGCAGGGGUCUCUCUACUGAAGCCUCUGAAAGGAGUAGACCCCAACCUCAUCAAUAACCUGGAGACCUUCUUUGAACUCGACUACCCCACGUUUGAGAUCCUGUUGUGUGUGCAGGACCAUGACGACCCAGCCAUCGAGGUGUGUAAAAGGCUCCUGGGCAAAUAUCCCAACGUAGACGCCAGGCUAUUUAUCGGAGGGAAAAAGGUUGGCAUCAACCCUAAGAUUAAUAACCUGAUGCCAGGUUAUGAGGGGGCAAAGUAUGACCUGGUGUGGAUCUGCGACAGCGGAAUACGAGUGAAACCCGACACCCUGACGGAUAUGGCCUAUCAGAUGACGGAGAAGGUGGGGUUGGUCCAUGGCCUUCCCUACGUGGCCGACAGACAAGGAUUCGCUGCUACACUGGAGCAGGUGUACUUUGGCACGUCCCACCCGCGCUCCUAUAUCUCAGCCAACGUGACGGGUAUUAAGUGUGUGACAGGAAUGUCGUGUCUGAUGAGGAAAGAUAUCCUGGACCAGGCUGGAGGGCUGAUCGCCUUCGCUCAAUACAUCGCUGAGGACUACUUCAUGGCUAAGGCCAUUGCUGACAGGGGAUGGAAGUUCUCCAUGGCAACGCAGGUAGCCAUGCAGAACUCUGGGUCCUAUUCGAUUGCUCAGUUCCAGUCCCGCAUGAUCAGGUGGGCCAAGCUUCGUAUCAACAUGCUCCCCGCCACCAUCUGUGAGCCCAUCUCGGAGUGUUUCGUAGCCAGCCUGAUCAUUGGCUGGGCAGCGCAUCACGUGUUCCGCUGGGAUAUAAUGGUCUUCUUCAUGUGCCACUGUCUGGCCUGGUUCAUCUCUGACUACAUCCAGCUCCGAGGGGUCCAGGGUGGUGCGCCAGCCUUCUCCAAACUGGACUACGCUGUAGCCUGGUUCAUCAGAGAGUCCAUGACCAUCCAGAUCUUCCUGUCGGCGCUGUGGGACCCCACCAUCAGCUGGAGAACGGGGCGCUACAGGUUACGAUGUGGAGGUACGGCCGAGGAGAUCCUGGACGUAUAGCUGCCUGCCUGAGUCCCACCUAAAGGGACCAUAACCUGGGUCCAAUCACCCCCCAGGGGCCAGAGACAAUACCAGACACAGACUGAACUGCCUCCCAAAUGGCACCCUAUUCCCUAUAUAGUGCACUUUCUGACCUGGACCCACACUUGCCCAUACUUUUUGCUCUGCUCAAAAGUAGUGGACUAUGCAGAGAAUAGGGUGCCAUUUGGGACGUGGCCAGAGAGAUGGUAACAUUGAGAAGAAAGAAAGAAACAGCUAUGGGCAUGAGGAACAGUAGAAGAAGAGAGAAAGAAACAGCUAUGGGCAUGAGGAACAGUAGAAGAAGAGAGAAAGAAACAGCUAUGGGCAUGAGGAACAGUAGAAGAAGAGAGAAACAAACAGCUAUGGGCAUGAGGAACAGUAGAAGAAGAGAGAAACAAACAGCUAUGGGCAUGAGGAACAGUAGAAGAAGAGAGAAACAAACAGCUAUGGGCAUGAGGAACAGUAGAAGAAGAGAGAAACAAACAGUCCUCCAAAGUGUUGGCCGUUUUUAACCUGUGUGUUAAAAUGUUUUGAUUCUUUGUUACCGGAGCUAUUUUCUCCCUGUUUUAUUUAAACUCUUACUUCAACUGUCAAGGGUCUCCUGCUCUUCUCCGGGAGAGUUACUUCCUGGUUGUGAAGGCUUUUAUUACAACCCAGCACUAACACACUUUGGUCUGGACCAUGAUUAGCUGAUUGGGUGUAUUAGUGCAGAGCUGGAACAAAAGCCUGCACCCCCCUGACUCUCUACAGUAUGACAGUCUGCUUUACAUUCUUUCCCUGAAGUAUGAGAAUCCUCAUCUUCUUAACGUGAAGUUCCUCUGACUCGUCUGGUCUGUCAGUGUUCUGUAUUUAAACAGAGACUGUCUGGUCUGUCAGUGUUCUGUAUUUAAACAGAGACUGUCUGGUCUGUCAGUGUUCUGUAUUUAAACAGAGACUGUCUGGUCUGUCAGUGUUCUGUAUUUAAACAGAGACUGUCUAGUCUGUCAGUGUUCUGUAUUUAAACAGAGACUGUCUGGUCUGUCAGUGUUCUGUAUUUAAACAGAGACUGUCUGGUCUGUCAGUGUUCUGUAUUUAAACAGAGACUGUCUAGUCUGUCAGUGUUCUGUAUUUAAACAGAGACUGUCUAGUCUGUCAGUGUUCUGUAUUUAAACAGAGACUGUCUAGUCUGUCAGUGUUCUGUAUUUAAACAGAGACUGUCUGGUCUGUCAGUGUUCUGUAUUUAAACAGAGACUGUCUGGUCUGUCAGUGUUCUGUAUUUAAACAGAGACUGUCUGGUCUGUCAGUGUUCUGUAUUUAAACAGAGACUGUCUAGUCUAUCAGUGUUCUGUAUUUGAACAGAGACUGUCUGGUCUGUCAGUGUUCUGUAUUUAAACAGAGACUGUCUGGUCUGUCAGUGUUCUGUAUUUAAACAGAGACUGUCUGGUCUGUCAGUGUUCUGUAUUUAAACAGAGACUGUCUGGUCUGUCAGUGUUCUGUAUUUGAACAGAGACUGUCUAGUCUAUCAGUGUUCUGUAUUUGAACAGAGACUGUCUGGUCUGUCAGUGUUCUGUAUUUAAACAGAGACUGUCUGGUCUGUCAGUGUUCUGUAUUUAAACAGAGACUGUCUGGUCUGUCAGUGUUCUGUAUUUAAACAGAGACUGUCUGGUCUGUCAGUGUUCUGUAUUUAAACAGAGACUGUCUGGUCUGUCAGUGUUCUGUAUUUAAACAGAGACUGUCUGGUCUGUCAGUGUUCUGUAUUUAAACAGAGACUGUCUAGUCUGUCAGUGUUCUGUAUUUAAACAGAGACUGUCUGGUCUGUCAGUGUUCUGUAUUUAAACAGAGACUGUCUGGUCUGUCAGUGUUCUGUAUUUAAACAGAGACUGUCUGGUCUGUCAGUGUUCUGUAUUUAAACAGAGACUGUCUGGUCUGUCAGUGUUCUGUAUUUAAACAGAGACUGUCUAGUCUAUCAGUGUUCUGUAUUUGAACAGAGACUGUCUAGUCUAUCAGUGUUCUGUAUUUAAACAGAGACUGUCUAGUCUGUCAGUGAUAAUGGGCAUACCCAUUUUCCUGCUUACUGAAGAAGGCAGGCAGCAAUAAUGAGGUUAGCCUGAAACCUUGGGAUUUAAAUGUUUAUUUUGGUGGGAAGGAAUGUUUUCCAUAUGUUUCAGAUUUUCCAUAUGUUUCAAUCUUCUACCCCCAUUCAUUUCAUUAGUGUCACAUUGUGUAGUGUGGAAGUUCUAUAGCUGUAGGUCUGUGUACAGAUGGCACCCUGUUCCCUAUAAUGCACUGCUUUUGACCAGGUCCAAUAUUUUACAUUUUUACAUUUUAGUCAUU